UGAAGCCGUUUGCCCGCCUGCGCUCGGGUUGCUUUUUCAGGCGAGGCCGAGGUCGCGCGGCCUAUUCGGGAGGGAUGCUGAUAGUAAAGAUUCUCUUCAUUGGCCCCAGUGAGUCUGGAAAAUCUGUCUUGGCCAACUUCUUGUCUGAGAGCACAGAAGGCAUCGGCAGUUAUGUCCCAACUCAAGGGGUGAGAAUCCUGGAAUAUGAAAAGCCCCAUAUCAAUGAAAGCAGCAAAGGCACAGAGUAUCGGUUUGAAUUGUGGGAUUGUGGAGGUGACCACAAGUUUGAGACCUGCUGGCCAGCUUUGAUGAAGGAUUCCCAUGGCGUGAUCAUAGUCUUCAACCCAGAGUUGCCCAGUCACCUGAAGGAAAUUGAGAUGUGGUAUUCCUGUUUCGUUCAGCAGCGGCAGCUUCUUGACAGCCAGUGCCUGCUCAUUGCACAUCACAAGCCCGGCAGCGGAGGAGACAAAGAGAACCUCACUUUGCCUUCGCCGCUGAAAAGAUUGCAUCUGAUACACUCCAGUCUCGAGGAAGAACCUGAAGAUGUCCGGAUUGAAUUCGUGAAGUAUCUUAAGAGCAUUAUCAACUUGGUGAAUGAGAAACAGGAUAAAGAAGAGAUGUCGAUUAUCACAUAAAAGGCAGAUCAUUUUUGGUGGGUCAGAAAAUAAAUAACCAUUCCAAAAAUAGAGGAGGAGAGAGGACAUCCCCUCCCCACACACACACAAACCCCUUAAAACUUUAAAGCAAUGGCAAAUAAAAAUUACUGUGCACUGUUGUUGAACAUACAAUGUUACACACAUAUUUGCUGUGCAGGACUAAUGAAAGUGGUUUUGCGGUUAAGGGGGUAUGUAGCAUUCAAUGCAUUCCGCUCUGGGUAGAAGCACAAGGCAGUCCUUCUAUGAACUAUGGCCUGCGUGCUUUGAAGGGCCACAAUAAAAGGACCUUCUGUAAAGUGGCGAAAGAAACCCAAUUAUAUGUCAAGUUUGGAUUCUUCCAUUUGCCCUGUUGUUAAUUCUGCAUUAUAUUAUGGGUUUUGCCUCACCUUCCUUUUUAUCUGGUCCUAAUCCCUACAUUGCUUUGUGUUCUGAAUGCAUACAUGAAUUUAUGAUGCUGCCUUCUGCUGUGCUAGACCUUCUUGCUCAAGAUCGCCUACUUGGAGGGGCAGCAGCUUUCCUCAGUCUCCGGGAGAGAAAAGCCUUUCUCAGCCUCCGCGGCCUAUGACCCUUUUACUGCAGAAGGUGCAUGGAGAGCGGAUAGAAAGUCUUUUCUCCCAUAAUACUAGAACUAGGGAGCACCCAAUGAAUUUGGUGGGCAGUAGAUACAGGACAGAGAAACGAGCAAUAAACUGUGGAAUUCCAUGACAGUGGAGAUAGUGAUGGCCACAAGCACAGAGGUCUUUCAAAGCAGGGUGAGAGAGAUUCAGUGGGAUAGGUCCAAAAUGUCCACUAGCCAUGGUGGGUAAAGGGAACCUCCACAUUCAAAGGCAGUAAACCCAGUGCUAGGAGGCAACCUCAGGGGCAGGCUUUGGCUUCUGUGCCAUUUGUUGGCCCUCCAGGGCCAACAAGGUGUGAAACAAGGUGCUGGACUGGACGGGCCACUGGUCUAAUCCAGCAGGGCUCUUCUUACGUUCUUAAGGGUUGAACCUGGGACCUUCUGAUUGCGAUGUCAGUGCUCCUCAGCCUUGAAUAGGGUCAGGGAGAAACUAGGACAAAGAAAUAAAAAGCACAGGAAAAGAAGGCAGCCCAGGAAACCUGGAGUUGCACCCUAUAUUUGAUGGCUGAGGUCGAAUUAGCUCCUGUACUUGUGCUGAGGAUGCUCGUGGUUUCAAUUCAAGGUAUAAUUUGGGUGUAUACCUCAACUAAGUCACAGUAGCUUCUGAGUAAACGUGCAGAGGGUUGAGUUGUAAAUUCUGCUGUUAUCUCCCAAGAAAGUGAAGAGAGUAGCCCCCUUCUUCCCCCACCCCUCUCCAGUUUGGGACCAUCCUUCCCCCACCCCUCUCCAAGGGUCCAUCCUGUUACCAGCCAGAUGCAUCAAGAAAUCCUUGAGGGAAUGGCUUUCUCCUGUUAUUUGCUCCCCCAUCAACUGAUAUUCACAGGGGGUACUGCCUCUGGUUUUGGAGGUUCCAUUCACCUAUGACGAUGAUUAGCUAUUCAUACUUACCUUCCAUUAAAUUGCCAUGUCAUUAUCUUAGAUGUGUUCCGAUUAUAUCUCAAAGCUGUCAAGAUCCUUUUGUUCUCUAGACUUUUUUUGGCAGAGGCUGUGCCAGGAUUUUUCAUCUCCUUGUGGUCUCUCCCCCACCCCCCACCCCGAACAAUGCUUUUCCAAUUCCUUAUCUGAUCGUAUUCAUAAGUGGCUCAUUUUUUUUUCACGCAUUCCUUCAGCUCUGAUGACCAAUUGAAACAGAGAUGAAAUCUCCCCAGUAUAGUUCUUCUUUUGCAGAACAUUCCUCCAGCCCAGGUAAAAAGAGAAGGGGAAAACAUUGCAUCAUUUGAGUUUUUGUUCAGUGUUCUUUUUAAUGGGAGGGGGGAGGGCAGAGAAGUCUGCUUUCUUGCAACUUUAAUGAAAUGCAACAGUUAUCACAAAAUGCCUCCAAGAUGAUUCAGUAAAGGUAUAACACGCCCUUCAUACCUUUCUUGCUGUCCCAUAAGGAGACCCCCCAAAUAAAGCAUUUUUAUGCGG